GGUUGGGUCAGGUAGGCUGCACAAACAUGCUGCUUCCACAGAUUUACAUUGUUUGUUGUUGAACUUCACACAUGUGUCAAAGCUGUCUGUUACAUAUGUGUGUAUCUCACUCCAAAUUUGCAAUGGAGGACCCCAUUGAGGUGACUGUGCAGGACUAUGGCCGGGUGCGUCCCACCAGCAGACCCCAUCCCAUCCUCUCGGCCUGUCUUGGCGCUCUGCUCACAGGCCUGUAUGGAGUAUGGAGCCUGUUUGCUCUGCCUGGAUUUCGUAAAAUCCCCUUGAACCUCAAGGUUCCUUAUCUGCCCUCCAGUAAAGGUCAGACACUGAACAUUAUGCAGCUGCUUGAGGGACGAACAGGUCGCUUAGCAGAUCUGGGAUCAGGAGAUGGAAGACUGGUGUUUGCGGCCUCUUCUGCUGGUUUCCAGUGCACAGGCUUUGAGAUAAACUCCAUCUUAGUGGCCUACUCCAGGAGUAAAGCCCGCUGGACGGGAGUGCCCUCCAGCCAGGCAACCUUUGUUAAAAAAGACUUCUGGAAGACUGAUUUAUCUAGGUACAACAACGUGACAGCUUUCCUCGCUCCAGGAGUGAUGGAGGUGCUGGGCGAGAAGCUGCUGAAAGAGCUUCCUGAUGAUGCGCGUGUCAUCGCCAGUCGUUUCCCAUUCUCCAACUGGCCACAACAGUCGUCUGUCGGCUCCGGUCUCGACCAGAUUUUUGCUUAUGACAUCAGCACUGUGCGCUCACACCUGAGAAAAGCACCGAAAACAGCGGUGAACUAAGUCACAAUCUCUGGGUUAAGUCAAGUCAAGUCAAUUUUAUUUGUAUAGCCCAAAAACACAAAUCACAAAUUUGCCUCAGGGGGCUUUACAAUCUGUGCAGGAUACUCUGUCCUUUACAGUACGACCCUCUCAUCGGAUAAG